AGAGUAAAUACGAGAGGAGCGCAAAAUGGCGGAGCCGCCGGGCCCCGCGUACUGCGCGGUGGCCGUGCUGGCGGGGAAGGAGGCGUGUGGCAAGCUGCAGCCGGCCUCGCGGCAGCCGGUCACCCCCAUGCCCGCCAAGAAGGUUCGGACGGAGGAGAAGAAGGCGCCGCGGAGGGUGAACGGCGAGGGGGGCAGCGGCGGGCACGGCAGGCAGCCGCCCGCCGCACCGUCGCCUCGGAGCUUCGGCAGCCCCGCGGCUUGGAGCUUCGCGGCUCUGCCCGCCGCCGCCCCCGCCGCCGCCGCCGCCUCGCCGGCCUCUCCGCGGAGCUGCUUCUCCUUCCCGGCGAGCCCGGCCGCCUCCUCGGCCCCCGCUUCCUCGUCUCCUCAGCCGCCGGCGCGCAGACUGCCGGCCGCCCCGUCGCCGCUGCUCGCCCUGCUCCCGCCCGCCGCCCCGCCGCCCGCCGCCGCCGCCGCCGCCGCCAAGCCGCGCAGACCCAAGGACCGGCGCGACCGCGAGAAGCGCAGGCACGGCCUGGGCGCCGCCGGCCGCCAUGAGAACGGAGAGGCCAAGCCGCCGCCGCCGCCGCGAGAUAAAAUCAAAGACAAAAUUAAAGAGAAAGACAAAGAAAAAGAGAGAGAAAAAAAGAAGCAUAAAGUAAUGAGUGAGAUCAAGAAAGAAAAUGGAGAUGUAAAGAUUUUGCUGAAAAGUGGGAAGGAGAAACCAAAAGCAAAUAUAGAAGACUUACAGAUUAAAAAAGUAAAGAAGAAAAAGAAAAAGAAACACAAAGAGAAUGAGAAACGGAAGCGUCCAAAAAUGUAUAGCAAAUCUAUUCAGACCGUCUGUUCAGGGUUGCUGUCUGACGCUGAAGAUCAAGAAGCCAAAGGCAUCUUAAAUGAUAACAUAAAGGAUCGCAUUGGAAAACCUUUGGAUGGCAAGAACUGUGGUUCUAAAAUCCCUGACAACGGGGACUUCCCGUUUGUCUCAUUGAAGGAAGCACGCGUUGAGAGCAACCUUAAGAGGUUGGAUACCUUGGAGUUCAAGCGGCUCAUUCAUGCCGAGCACCAGCCCAAUGGAGGUGCGUCUGUCAUUCAUGCCUACAGUGACGAGCUCGCCUGCCUGUCUCCUGUGGAGAUGCAGAGGUUUGCAGAAGAAUUCCUGGGCAUAGUGUUCAGUGAAAACGAAAGUGCUGCGGCUUUCUAUGUAAUGGGUAUUGUUCAUGGGGCAGCUACUUACUUACCUGACUUUUUAGACUACUUUUCCUAUAAUUUUCCCAAUUCACCAGUGAAAAUGGAGAUAUUGGGAAAGAAAGAUAUAGAGACGACGACUAUGUCCAAUUUUCAUGCUCAGGUAAAAAGAACAUACUCUCAUGGUACUUACAGAGCUGGCCCCAUGCGACAGGUAAGCUUGGUGGGAGCCGUUGAUGAAGAAGUGGGGGAUUUCUUCCCGGAGUUCCUGGACAUGUUGGAGGAGUCACCAUUCUUAAAAUGUACGUUGCCGUGGGGAACACUAUCUAGUCUAAAAUUAGAGAGUCGGAAAGACAGUGAUGAUGGUCCCAUCAUGUGGGUGCGUCCAGGAGAGCAGAUGAUCCCUGUGGCUGAUAUGCCAAAGUCACCCUUCAAAAGGAAAAGAACUACCAAUGAAAUAAAAAACCUUCAGUAUCUACCUCGAACCAGUGAGCCCCGGGAGAUGCUGUUUGAAGACAGGACGAGAGCUCAUGCGGAUCACAUAGGACAAGGCUUUGAGCGACAGACGACAGCUGCCGUUGGAGUGCUGAAGGCUGUGCACUGUGGACAUAGGCCUGAUCAACCUCGAAUAACCAAAGAUGUAAUUUGUUUUCAUGCAGAAGAUUUCUUAGAAGUAGUUCAACGAAUGCAAUUAGAUUUACAUGAACCUCCACUGUCUCAGUGUGUCCAGUGGGUUGAUGAUGCAAAACUUAAUCAGCUGAGGAGAGAAGGCAUCCGCUAUGCCAGGAUUCAGCUGUGUGAUAAUGACAUUUAUUUUAUUCCGAGGAAUGUUGUUCAUCAGUUCAAGACAGUUUCUGCUGUAUGCAGCUUGGCAUGGCAUGUGCGACUUAAAUUAUACCACGCAGAGGAGGACACUUGUCGCAGCACGGUUUCUCAUGAGACGUGCACCUCAUCAGGACCCACAUCAUCUGCUCUUGGAUCUCACACUGACAACAGAGUUUGUGCUGUGAACCAAGCCUCAUCAGACUCUGUGUGUUCAGACAAACUUCCUUCUAAACAUGAAUCACAACAGAUUAAACAUGAACAUAUUGCAUCUGUAAGAAUCAAGGAAGAACCUGUGAAAGUAAAUUUACCUGAAAAGACUAGAACACCGAAUAAUACAGAAGGCAAGAACAUUAAGGCAAAGUUGGAUCAUGUGCAGUUUUCAGAUUUUCAGAUUGAUAUGGAGUCUAAAUUUAAAAACAGUAACAAAGACUUAAAGGAAGAAUUGUGUCCUGGAAGUCUCACUAAUAUAGUUGAUACAAGGCAGCAUGGUUCCAUACAUUCAAAUCAAGAUAAAAACGAUGAUGACAGCUUGUGCUAAAUUUGUACAUUGCAUUUAAAAUUCCUAUUGAAAAAUAAUUUGUAAUAAUGAUUCAUGAAAUUUGAAAGCAAGCCUAGGAAUUCUCUCAAGUCUGUUACAGAAUAUAGUUUAUGUAGCUUUGUAACAUUCCUCAGUGCCUGUCCAUAACUGUGAGGUUCAAGCGCUUAGGACCAGAUGCACUGUAAACAAUGCAGAUUAGACACAAGGGCGUCUUCUCAGAAAGUCAUUGGACUUGGAGCUGCAGGCUUCAAAUGGAGCUGACAGAAUCAUAUAAGUAUAUUUUGUAAUAUGAGCCAGAAUUCUUUUUUGACAAUUUAAGGUUUUUCCAUAGAGCUUAUUUAUACUGACUUUUUUGUUUUUCAUUUUAAAUGUGUCAGCACUGUAGUGUAAAUAGCUUUUAAAAAUCUUUUUAGUGUGAUUUAUAUUGAAAUGUGAGCCACUUAAUAAAGGUUCAUAAUAAUAAAUGCUUUCUGUUGAGUCUGCAAAAACAGACAAUUCAGUUUAAUUGAUAUAUUAUGUUUCUGUUAAUAUAUACAUGUGGGGAGGUAACGGAGUGAAAAUGUGUGUGUUCAAAUCUAGUAAAUAUUUAAAAUUUCCAUACUGUACAAGCCUUCAAAAAACCAGAAUUCGGUUACAAAAGCAUAUGCAUAUAUAUUUUGUGUGUUUGUGCGUAUCAUGUAUGCGUGUAUUUGGGAAUGGGUAUAUAUACAUAUACACAUAUACACACAUAUAUUGUUUUGCACAAUUUUUUAAAUUGAUGGAGAUAUGAACACUCUUAGUGCUACUUCCUGGAAUACAUCCUAAAAUAUUUAUGUUCAACAUUAAGAAAAUAAUAGUUUUAGAAGCUGGGAAGAAACUAAAUAUGUUGAUGAUUUCUAUCCUUCUAAUAAAUGAAGCGAUGUGGCCAGAUUUUUAGCCCUAGUGUAAUUUUAUUUGUUGUGUAAGUAAUAAGCUUAGAAAAUUUUCUUACUAAUAAGCACCUGUAUGUUUAAUAAUAGCUGAGUAAAAAAUUGACAUGCAGAGAGUUUAAUUAUGAGCAAUUAAAAGUCUUCUUUUAUAUGUUUCCAUAUUACAAAACCAGAGUUUUAAAAUGGGGCAAUGGCAGUAACUCAGCUGCCAUAUACAGAUGUAACUAACAAAACACUGUCAGCCCAUCUUUCUCAGGACCCUAACCCCAGCCUGCAAGGCAAAUGUCAGGUGUAGCAUUCCUAAAGAUGCUCUAGGAAGUUCACUGUGUAGGAAAUAGGAUGACCAGUGACACAAGGUGAAAGACAUCUGCAGUUUCAGUCUGCCACUCCUGGAAUUAAAGUUAAGUACUGGAUGUGUGUGGAUGGAAGGAGCUCCAAUCACUGCACACUUAGUAUUCACUGUAUUAUUCUGGGCCCCUGUCUUGAUUGGUGGCUCUCAGUUUGCUUUCCCUGUGCUGCAGCCAUUGCCUUUUGGUAGACAGUUAUUUCCAUCCAGUGGGUUCCAUUUUCACCUCAUUUUUGUUAAGCCCUCAUGCUUCUAAGUGGUGAGAAUCCACUUAGAAAAAUGUUUUUCACCAGACCUGAUGAAAAUCAGCAACAGUGAGACGUCUCCUGACUUAAUAAGUAGAUAGAGAAAUAAAAUAGGAAAUCUUGGUGGCUUGUAGGAACUCAUCAUGUAGUGGAGAUGUUUCAUGGAAUAGAGAAGUUAAAAAUCACAACAGUGUAAAUAGGGGUUUUGUUUUAUACGUUACUAGCUGUCUUGUCUUUCACUGAACUCAUUUAAGCCACUUUAAGCUAGAUUUAGGGUUCUUCACCAUCUUUCUGGGAACAAAAGUUCUUAAUGAGUAUUAAGAAAUAGGAAGGAAUGUGGUUAAAAUUCAGGUUUUAAAUUGAGGGUGAUAUAUUUAACACAGUAUGUUUUAUUUCCAGUCACAUAUAUGUAGACACACUGAGGUCAUACUGUAAGAAAAUGCUGUUCCUUACUGGCUUAGCUUAAAGGAAGGCAUGUCUGAACCAGUAUAGUUGUUGCUUUUAGGUGUAGUUUCUUAUGUAACCUGCAGUCAGUCAUCCCUAAUUCAAAGAUGUAAUUGAUUUGUCAAAUGCAUACAUCUCUAUGAAGGUGAGGUGUGUGAAACCAACAGGCUCAAGACCUCAAGACAAAGCCUUACAGACUUGAACUAUGUUUAUGGCCCUGGUCUUCCGGGUUAUUUUUACAAAUCAUCCUCAGAUGCCAUCUGAAACCCUGUUGACUACCUUUGUUCCACACAGAUAGCUAUUUUAAUACUGCAUGUUAAUGUUUUAGUUAGUACACUCCCAUUCUCCACGGGAAUAAAGAUUCUUAUUCCUUGACUACCUUUGUUCCACACAGAUAGCUAUUUUAAUACUGCAUGUUAAUGUUUUAGUUAGUACACUCCCAUUCUCCACGGGAAUAAAGAUUCUUAUUUCCAAUAUCUUGGACCAGAACAAUAAAGCACUUAAGAUACAGUUUUAAUAAGGUCAUAUAUUAUACAGAGUCAUUGUUGUAUGUUAAGUGAUGUGAAGACCUUCACAUGAAAACGUAGGUACCUCAGUGGUAUUUGCGCUCUCUGUGUGUGUGAGAGUGUGAGUGUGUGUGUGAGUGUGUGUGUGUGUGUGUGUGUAUUCUCCCCUUUUUUUCUCAUUCUAUUUAUAUCUUCUUAGUUAAGUAGUUACAUCCCAUACUCAGGUUAGUUAUCAAAAGAAUUGAACAUUUUUGAUAUUUAGUUGCAAAUUUACAUAAAGCCAUAUAUUGAUUAUCUAUCUUCCUUAUGACUUUAAUGAUCAGGUUGGUUUAGGACAACACUGUGUAUUUUAUGUAUGUGUGCAUUUCUGUGUCAACUUGUUUGGAAUAUGUUUGUUUCCAAAGUGCGUGGGGUAGGAAAUUGAGGAAAGAUUUUCUUAGGUUAAAUGUUUAAUAAAUUUAUUAAUAUACUCAAAAUAAGAUUUUUUUCUAAAUUCAGUUUUAUGGCAGAUAAGGUUUUUGUUGUGUUUUUUUGUAAAUAAUAAAUUAGCAUUGUUUGAUAAGCUUUGAGUUUUGGGGGUAGAGAGGGACGUUUAUUGAUAUAUAAAGCAAUUAUUUACACUUAGCCAAGGUACAGAUUUGUUUUGGCAUUUGAGAGGCUGUUUUCCUUGUCUUCCACCUUUCAAUAAAUACUGAGAUGGAUAAUCACCAA